AUGGUUACCUGGACUCCUCCAGCUGUUCAUGGUUCGGAGCAUGCCGAUCAUGCGAAACAGCAGACAUCCAUUUUCUCCCCAGAACCCUCCUUUCACUCAUCUCCUGCGUCGGCUCCCUACGAUCAAGUAUCUCAUGAGCCAAUCUACAUCUCGUCUGAUGAUGAGAGUACAUUUGACGCAGAUGAAGAAGCGAGUUGCGACGGCUCUCGGGAUAUGGAUGACUCAAGCUCAGAUGAUACUCUUCCGUCGAUCGACACAAUCGUUGCAUCUAUCAAGAAGAGCUCAUCUGUUCUGCCACCCACGAGAUCUCCCAAUAAUGCCAACCAGCCACAGCUACUUGAUCCAGGUGCGAGUCGGCCAAGCCAGGAGGCUGUAACAGGUCUGGAUGUCUUGCUUUCCCGCACACCGAUGAGCACGCAAGCCAGCAGUGCCGUGCUUGGCCAUUCGUCGGGUAGCCCCGGAUAUACUGGGCUGGUCACCAAAGGUGAUGCUAUCAUACCAGGCCACCUUCCGGAGACGCUGGAGGUGUCUUGUUCUGAGAGCUGUGAGGUUUCCAAUGCUAUAGCCAUUUCGCCUCAGAACGGGAUGGAGCAGACACGAGAUGGUUCACAGAGUACACUAGGAAGCUGUUCGGAGGGUCACUCCGAUUCUCAGUCCAGCUCUAACUCCGACGGCCCUAUGCGGCAGCGCAGGGAGGACAGUCUCAUACCAUCCACUUCACUAUCGUUGGACAUCCGCGAAAAAGAGGAAGCGUACGGCGAUGCAAAGGAAGCUAUAGAUGAUGACGUCAGUCAGCUCCUAACCGGGCAGCUUCGCUGCAAAGGGACACACAAGGACCGCUUCGCCCCUGAGCAAGACCCAGCCUUUCACUGCGAUUCUGAUGCUGAUGCCAGCUCGAGCUCUGGCGCUGAUGCUGCUGUACACGAUGAUGAGGAGUACUGCCCCUCGCCCUGUCGUGGUGAACGGGAACAGGCAAGCAAUAAUUCUGGCGAUGAUGAAGCGGACAGGUCCGAUCCUCCCCUUCCAUGCAAACGACGGAAAUUGGGCGGGUCUCGGUCCAGUUCCAGGCCACAUCGCCGCAGCAAACGUCUCACCAACCCUACACAGACAGUCAAUCCAUCGGGACCAGUUCGUAGCGCGAGUUCAGUGUCAUCACUGAGCUCAUUUACCGCAGCUGAUGAGGAAAUGCCAGCUGCAAGAUAUGAGGAAUGGUCUUUGCAAGGGGCCACGCUCAAACGCUUGGCGGUGAACGGUAAAGUGACCUUUCAACUUGGGUUCAGCUGGGAUUCGUGUGUCGGUGGCCAUGCACCGGGCUCACAUAGCGACAACAAAUUCCAAACUCAAGUAGCGAAGAGGUCGCACCGAACACAGCGAAGCCCAGCCAGCCAUGGUUUCACUCGUGAGGAGGACGAUCUCAUCAUCAAAUUGAAGGAAGAGCAGCAGCUUCGUUGGCCAGAAAUCCACGAAAAAUUCAGCGAUAAAUUUCCACAACGACGAUCUCAGGGAAGCCUUCAGGUUCAUUACUGUACAAAGCUGAAAAAUGGCAAACGGGCUGGGAGGAAGUCUAGGCAGGGUCAGGCAACGGGAUAA